UUCGCGAGCGGCGGAGCUGAGCGGCUUCGCGAGUUGGGGCAGCCCCUGAGCCCGGCCCUGCUCGCGGCGAGAGCUCCGCCCGGCUCCGGCUCCGGCUUCCCCCAGCUGCGGGAACCGGCGGGCGCCGAAGGGGGCGGACCGACCUCCGCGGAGCCCGGAGGCCUGGGGCGGGCGAGGCGGGCGAGGGGCGAGCGCCGGAGACCCCGAGCGCCCCGCGCCCAGGCACCAUGCGACCCGCCGCGCCUCCUCGCCGGCCCCGGGCUUCGCUCUCCGUUCGCUGAGCCCCGCGCUCGCCACCGCAGCAAGUCGCAAAGACGAGGCGGGUCGCUGGAGAGCCGCGGGGAGACCGCCUUGGACGUGCCCUCCGCCCCACAGAGGCUGCGGGUCCCUCGUUCCCUGGGCUUCUCUAGCUUUACCAUGAACCUGGCGCAAGCUUGGCUUUAGGAGAAAUUCAGAAGCCGGAGGGGGAGUCAGUGCAAUUCUUUGGUUGCUAAGUGUGAGUGAAGAUAUCCGGGAUGGCUCAGGGAUCUGGGGAUCAAAGAGCAGUGGGGAUCGCUGACCCAGAGGAGAGUUCUCCAAAUAUGAUAGUCUACCGAAAAAUUGAAGACAUCAUUACAAAGAUGCAAGAUGACAAGACAGGUGGUGUGCCCAUCAGAACAGUCAAGAGCUUUCUCUCCAAAAUUCCCAGUGUUGUCACAGGUACUGACAUUGUGCAGUGGCUUAUGAAGAACCUUUGCAUCGAGGACCCAGUUGAAGCAAUACACUUGGGAAGCCUUAUAGCCGCCCAGGGCUACAUCUUUCCGAUCUCGGACCACGUUCUUACCAUGAAGGAUGAUGGCACCUUUUACCGUUUCCAGGCCCCGUACUUUUGGCCUUCGAACUGCUGGGAGCCUGAAAACACUGACUACGCCAUCUAUCUCUGUAAGAGGACAAUGCAGAAUAAAGCAAGGCUGGAAUUGGCAGAUUAUGAAGCAGAAAACUUAGCAAGACUCCAGAGGGCCUUUGCAAGGAAGUGGGAAUUCAUCUUUAUGCAAGCAGAAGCACAAGUGAAGAUAGAUCGGAAAAAGGACAAGACGGAAAGGAAAAUUUUGGAUAGUCAAGAACGGGCCUUUUGGGAUGUGCACAGGCCAGUGCCAGGGUGUGUGAAUACAACAGAAAUGGAUAUCAGAAAAUGCCGGCGUCUGAAGAACCCACAAAAGGUUAAAAAGUCAGUGUAUGGCGUGACUGAAGAGUCCCAGUCGCAAAGCCCCGUGCACAUACCCAGUCAGCCAAUCAGGAAAACUACAAAAGAGGACAUCCGGAAACAGAUAACAUUUUUGAAUGCACAGAUUGACAGACAUUGUUUAAAAAUGUCCAAAGUGGCUGAAAGCUUAAUUGCUUACACGGAACAGUAUGUGGAAUAUGAUCCUUUGGUCACGCCGGCUGAGCCCUCCAAUCCCUGGAUCAGCGACGAUAUCACUUUAUGGGACAUAGAGAUGAGCAAAGAACCCAGCCAGCAGCGAGUCAAGAGAUGGGGCUUCUCUUUCGACGAGGUAUUGAAGGACCAGGUGGGGCGGGACCAGUUCCGGAGAUUCCUGGAGUCCGAGUUCAGCUCAGAAAACCUCAGGUUCUGGUUGGCUGUCCAAGACCUCAAGAAACAACCCCUCCAGGAUGUGGCCAAGAGGGUAGAAGAAAUCUGGCAAGAGUUUCUGGCUCCAGGGGCCCCAAGUGCAAUCAACCUGGACUCUCACAGCUACGAGAUAACCAGUCAAAACGUCAAAGAUGGAGGGAGAUACACAUUCGAAGAUGCCCAGGAACACAUCUACAAGUUGAUGAAGAGUGACAGCUAUGCCCGCUUCCUCCGGUCAAACGCUUACCAGGACCUGCUGCUGGCCAAGAAGAAGCCAGAAAGUGAGCAAGGUCGUAGAACUUCCUUAGAAAAGUUCACUCGCAGUGUGUGCUGCUGGCGCAGAGUCAGAAUGGCCGCUGCCUUUCACCCCCGAGGUGGCUUCCUUCCAGCAGUGGGGAAAGUCGCUGGCGGGCAAGCGCCUCACCGGCCUGAUGCAGUCCUCCUGACGGUUCCCACCGCAGGGCCCGGGCCCGACGACCCCACGGGCAGGCGGCGGCGCUCCACCUCCGCGGACAGAGUCUCCCUGCGGGGAGACCUGGUCACUGUGAAAGAGAAGGAGUGAGGGCGAGGACGGGCAGCAGAGGGGAGCCCCGGUGGGUGACCGGGGACACCAGAGAGAACAAGUCCACAGAGCCCGGCGUCGGCCCUGUUUACAGCCCUCUCUUCCUUGUACAGUUGUGCGCCGACAGCCCGUUCUCGAGGAGGUCCCGGGCCCUAACUCGCUCGGGGCACACCACCUCGUGGGGCUCCUGUCGUGACUAUCACUUGAGAUUCUAAUCUUGGUCCCGCCACUCUUCCCUCUGUCUGGGGGAUCACGCCUCCCGGCACACGCGAGAGGGACCGGCUGGCCCCGAGCACAUCCAGUGUUACGCCCCGCCCCCCCCCUCCGGCUCUGGGGCACCCACCGCCACCACCACCCCCCGUAGUGACGGCCACUGUGUCCCGACGGCCCCCUGCCUCGCCCCGAGUCUGUGUAAGGCCCCCCGCGCCACACGUCCGCGUCGUGGCGACCGUGCUGAGCAACCGCGCGGAUUGCCUCAGUUCUGCCAGCCCCCCCCCCCCGGAGGCCGGCUUUCCAAGAGGUCCCCACGGGCGCGGGGCUGCCCUCUGGUCCUGUCACAUGCCUCAAGGGUCCCACACCAGAGGAAGCACCGGCGCCCCUGAAAGAGCUUGUAGCUUGACAGCCGUGGAGGUUCUGACCAUCUUUUAAAACAUUUAUUACUUCCUAACUCAUUCUGUUUCUGCCCCCUUCUCCUUGGCUUGUUCCCUCGUGUUUUACUCAAAAUAAACAUGGCCAUGAACUCAGGGGCCCCUGGGAUCCUCCCCUCCGGCAGCCCCGGUGGAAGCUGGGAGAGUUCCGGGCCCCGGGGUGGGGGGAGGUGGCUGGGUCGUCCAGCUGGCAGCUGGGGCCCACCCUGUGGCAUCCUGACGGGCCCCUGGCUGGGCCAGGUCUCAGUUGUGUCUGGAGUUGCGGCUGAAGCUGCAACAGAGGGCCUAGGCCAGAGCCAGAUGCUUCUCGGACAGCCCAACAAAGGCACCGCGAAACAGAGGUGGUCCCCAAGGGAAAAAGCAGACACAAAGCAAAACCUGCAAAAACCUGCAAAAAACCCACUUGUGCUCCCUUCGUGUGUAUGUCAAAAUGACUAUCUGCCAAUCGGCCGGGAGGUAAUAUAUGUAAAGCACUGAAUCAGGUGCCUGGCGCGUAGUAGGUGCUCAGCAAAUGGUAGCUAUUACUCUCCUCAUUGUCACUGUCACCAUUGUGACGCCCGUGAGCCCUCAGACAGAGUGGUAUUAAGCAACAUGUUUUUGAAUUCGGACACUCACUCCACCUGCUAGAACUAGCCUCCUUCGAUCUAUUUUUGGCCAUAGGUGAAAAUUUUCCCUGGGGAGUGUAUAAACAGCAAACAUAGAAGCAAAAAAAAAAAAAAAAAAAAAGUGAUCACUGGUAUUUCUUUACUCAUGUAGGCAAAUUCACCAGCUGGUGACCAAAGGCUCAUAAGCUUGUUUGCAGACCCUGCCUCCUGGGUGCUUCCGUGACCAUCCUUGCAGCCCCAUGUCUAUGCCAUUGUAUGUCUGAUUCCACGGGGCCCUGUCCCCACGGCACCAGCCUUCCAUCCUUCACAGCAGGGCCACUGUGGGCAUUAGGAGACUUGGCUAGGGUGGCACCCUUGUGGGUUCUUGACCACUAUGCCUCAGUUUCCCCCACUGGCAGUAGCUGCUCUCUCUACCAGGUACAGUAGCUAGUAGAUGACAUGUGUUGGGUCCUCAGGUUGUCUCCAGUGGUGGCAAUAUAGACCCAGAUUCCCAUCAGGCACUCCCACACCCUGGUUCCACACAACCUCAGCAUGGGUCCUGGCCCUUGUAGAUACUCGGUAACUACUUGAUGAGUAAGUGAAUGAGAGGAAGCCCUAUUCCAUGUUAUGGGGUCUUUGGACUCCUCUCCUUGUCCCACCCGUUUUUAUCUCCUUGCUUUUUCACACAGGGCUCCUUUCUCAGAACCAAAAUGCAGCCCAAGCUUUUCUGCAACCAACAUCGCCCCAAAGAAGCUCCUCUCUGUCAAGGGUCCACAAGCUGUGUUGACAUUGAGGCACAGGGUAUGUGGACAGAGGAAGUUCUAGAAGAGUAGGUGCCUUGGUGCCCUCAGCUACCCAGGGCAAAGGCCUGGCUGCCUCCUGCCCUUCCCCAUGGGCUGUGGACAGGGCAGGGCUGGCUUACCCAGUCCUCCUGGCCUCUGCUCCCGAGCGAUACUGGCUGACACGUGGCCAGCCCUGGAGGUCCUCAGAAGGCCCACUCAGAGCCAAGUGGACUGUACCCCUGAGAUGGUGCAGGCUGAAGGUUUCCAAACACCCCUGGGGACAUCCAGAGGGAAGGGCGGGCCAGCAGGCUCAGUAGAGGUAAGGGUGCUCUGGUUGCAUUCAGACCCAGAGCAAUAAACCCCGUCACCCCAUCUCCCAAGCAGGCAUGCUCGGUCUUGUGACCACCACAUCCUCCCCGGUAGAUUAAGCCAAGCAACGCAGGGGGUGGGGGGUGGGGUUGCUCUGCCCAGUUGGCCAGUCCAAGGUCAGUCUACUGUGCAGACCUUAGAAUGCAAGCACACUUGGAAAAUAUGAUCUGGGCCAGUUCCCCGUUGGCCUGGUCUACACAGCCAAAACUUCAAACCGGAUUAGACUUUCGAAGGCAGUUCCAUAGCAAAGCAGGUCCCCCUGCUUCCGGAAGCUUCCUUAGCUCCCCUGACCGGGCACAGUCUCUGGAUCUGGGACUCUUCCCGUUGAGAGCUCCCAGGACACAGAUCAUGCUGGCAGCCCCACAGCCAAAGCUUCAGGGCAGCCACAGAAGCAACCACCCCGCCAGCAAGUCAGAUGCACGGGUGCCAGGCACCGGACAUCGGACUGGGAUCACCUUUGCCUCAUGGGAAGAAGAAAACUUGGAGGCUGGCAAGUGCAGGCGCUCGGCAACAGCCAGAGGGCUCAGCCCAAGCAGCAGGAACAAUUCCGCUGGGGAGAGGGCUCCUUCCCUUCCAGAAAGUGAUGCUUUGUUCUACUGUCAGGUGUGGCUGUCCCCCAGGGCAGUCAGGUGAGCGGUGCCCCUGGCCCACCGAGGCCGAGGGGUCAGGUCCAGGCCAAUCCCCCAGGGUCCCGCUCACCACUCUGAGUUGUUGCUGAGACCAGCGGACGUGUGGGGACGUGCUCCAGGCGUGCUUCUCCUGGCAGGAUUGCUGGUGUGUUCAAACUACCUCACCAACAGGACACUGAACCAGGAGGCUGCCACCCAGCCGGCCUUUUGGCUAUUGGUGGAAGUUGAUGUUCCUCCUAAAACGCACCCUUCCCAUUGUGCUCCGAAUGCAUGGGCUUCAGAAGCCACCACUAAGAAGCCUUGCCCCACGCUGGAAAGGAUAGCAGGCUGUUGGUCUUCGGACCUUGCAGAAUAUGUCGGAGGGAGGUGUUCCAGCAAGGUCCAGGAGCUGGAAAGCUCUGGGGUCGGGGGGAGAUAAUGGGCCACGGGCCUCCAGCAGGGCUGGUCAAGCUGAGUAUGUAGCAAGGACCCUCUGUGGCAUAGUUGAGUAGUGAUCAAAUGAAUCCCCCAUAACGCACCCCGGGACCCUCUGAAAAGAGUUCUGUGCUAUGGUCAUGAUGGCAAGGACAAAUGCCAGCAGCCUCCUCAUUAGUACCACCCAGUGAUAAGGCCUCCCCUGGGCACGACCCAGGGGCCAUCAAGUAGCAAAGUAGCAAAUGUAGCAAUAAGGGGCUUGGGCCUUAAAGGGACGGGGUCCAAAUGAUCCAGUCUUGGCCCUCUCCCCAGUCCCAAGGAGGGCUCAGAGCCAGCUGCUGUCACCUGCCCAGGGAGGGCUCCUGGUCUAUAUACUAUGCUCACUCACAGCAUGAACACAGACACGUCGGAAUGGCCUUCUCAUAGUGCAUGUGGUUCUCAUUAGUUUAUUUUUCUGGAAUUUGGGGAUUGGGACCCCAGAACCAAACAUGCUGGUACAGUCUAAAAAUAAAUGACUUGAACCCACUC